CCCACAACCCCACCCACCCACGCAAGAAGAGGAGAGAUACCGAGAGAGUGGGAGGGGAUCAUCCAUCGAUCGGAGGGAGGCGGAGCAGCGAUCCCAUCCCGGAGAGACGAGCAGCUCUCUCGAGGCAUUUCUCGAGGUCGUCAGUUCGUCUACUUGGCCGAUCUCUGCAAUAAUCCUUGUGCUGAUAUCCCAGUGAAGAGUGAACAGAACGGAGCAGAACAAAUUCGGUCAAGAAAUUGAUAUCCUUCAUGAACAAUCUGGCUGCUCAAUGUCAUUAAUUUCACCUGCCUGAGAAAUCUGCUAUCUUCUUAAUAAAGGCUUUUGUCUCCCUCUACCUCCAAUGGACCAUAGCUCUGCAGAUGAAUCUGAUGUUAGUGAUUCAGACAUCGGCGUGUACGAGAAAAAAACUUACAAUCAGUUGAAAGCCGGAAAAUUGAAAGUGAAGCAUGGCGAGAGCACAUUUCGUUGCCCUUUCUGCCUGGGGAAGAAGAAGCAGGAUUACAACUCGAAGGAUCUUCUGCAGCAUGCCUCAGGAGUAGGGGCUGCUUCGAAGCGCAAAGCUAAAGUUAAGGCCACACACCUUGCUCUUGCUCGCUAUUUGAAGGUUGAUGUAGCCAGCCUAUUGGAAUCGCCUCUGCAACUUGCUACUGUUGAGAAUAAGCCUACUGAGAAUGACGAGAAGUAUGUAUGGCCAUGGAUGGGUAUUCUGGUUAAUCUGCCAGCUGAGUUGAAAGGGAGAGGGUUUGUUGGGGAAAGUGAGGAGAGACUAAGAGCACGGUUCUCACGAUUCAGACCACUCCAAGUCACACUCCUUUGGGAUACAAAGGACCAAGUAGAUUAUGCUAUUAUGAAGUUUGCUAAAAACUGGAUUGGACUGAAGGAUGCAUUAGCUUUUGAAAAGCAUUUCAAUGUGGAGAACUGGAACAAAACAAACUGCAGAAGAGAUGAUCUUUAUGGAUGGGUUGCCAGAACUGAUGACUAUAACUCUCUUGGGCCAACUGGAAAGUACUUGAGGAAAAAUGGAGAACUAAAAGCCGUCCGUGAUUUGGAGCAUGAGGGUGAACAAAAGAAAGGCAAGCGCAUAGAUUACUAUGCUCACCAAAUCGAAGAGAAGAACAAACACUUGGAAAAGUUGAAGUUUAUGAACAACCAAAAUGCCAUGAAACUUGAUAGGAUGAUGGAAGACAAAGAUCAGUUGGUUGAAGAGCACAACCAAAAUAUAAUAAAAUUGCAGCAGGAUUCUCGCAAAAGUUCAUGGAGAAUAAUUAAUGAAAACCUGAGACUGUCUAAAGAACUGCAGAUCAAGAAAGAUGAAAUUGACCGGAGAUGUAAGGAACUUGAUUAUUUGGCUACAAAAACUAAUAUUGACAGAGUAAAACUCAUGGCAGAGAAAGAGAAGAAUGUAAAGGACAAUGACCUUCUUAAUUUAGCAAACCUAAAGCAGAAGAAGGCAGAUGACAUGCUUUUGCGGCUUGUUGAGAAACAUAAGAAAGAGACAGAAGAUGCUUUGAGGAAGCAAGUUGAGUUGGAAAAGGAGUUAGACUCUAGACAAAAACUUGAGCUGGAAAUAGAACAGCUGAGAGGAAGAUUAGAGGUAAUGAAGCAGAUGGGAUAUGAGGAAGAUGUAACAUUGAAGAGUGAACUUGAUGAGUUGCGUGAAAAGUUGGAAAACAAAGAUGAUGACAUGGAGUCUAUGGAGUCUCUUAACCAGACUCUGAUUAUUAAGGAACGAAGGACCAAUGAUGAGCUGAAAGAAGCCAAGAAAGAACUGAUAAUUGGAUUACAACAAAUGGCAGGAGUUCGAUCCAUUAUAGGUGUGAAAAGAAUGGGUGAGCUAGAUCAGAAAGCUUUUCAUAAUGUAUGCAAAAAGAAAAUGCCACAAGAUGAGUUGGAAUUGGCAUUUCUUAUUUCACAAUGGGAACAUGAGCUAAGAAAACCAGAAUGGCAUCCUUUCAAGGUUAUCGAGACUGAUGGGAAGACAAAGGAAAUAAUCAAGGAAGAUGAUGAGAAGCUGCAGGCUUUGAGGGUGCAAUAUGGGGAUGAGGCUUAUAAUAUUGUCGUUAAGGCUCUUCUUGAAUUGAAUGAAUAUAAUCCUAGCGGCAGGUAUCCCGAACCUGAGCUGUGGAACUUCAGGGAGAAUCGUAAAGCCCCUAUUCCAGAGGUAGCAAAGUACUUGGUGAAGCAGUGGAAGAUAAACAAGAAGAGAAACACAUAGUCAUGAGUGGGAUCUGGACCCUUGUUGCAUCAUGACCUUAGAUUUCCCCUGACUGUAGUUGAAAUAAGUUAUCAGUGAAGUAAGUAUUCAUUUAUCCGUCUCUAGCAGCGGCAACAUAUUAGUGCACAUUUGGAGUUCAGACUAUAUUGAAUAUUGCCGGCGUAUUGUUAAUCUUGUCGAGACUACCAUUUGUAUCUGCAAUAUACAAAUAUGCUAAUGAUUUAGAUGCACUUACUGAUGUUAUGGAGGUUCAUUUCCACUGUAGUGUUGGCUACUUUCUAUAUUGUGUGAGGAAAGAUCUUAAGGGCCUGUUUGUUAGAUGGACUCAUUGAUUCUAUGAUUAUCGUUCUCCGUAAAUCUGAUUUCGGACUGAA